AUGCUUAAUGAUUCAAUUGUGGAAAAUGAUAAUAAUACUAAGAAGAAGAAGAAAAAAAAAAGAAAUGUUAAUAAUAAAAAUAAUGAAAAUAAAAGGAAGCUGGAUAAAAAGAGUUAUGAAGAAAAAUAUGAAUUAUAUGAAGAACAGAUAGAAGAAAUUUUAGCAUUACAUCAUAUUUAUUUUCCUUUAUAUGUAGAAAAUAUAGGGCAUAUAAAAAAAGAGGAUUUACCAAAUGAUUUAAUGAGCAAUGAAGAAUUUUUAAAGAAAAGCAAAGAGUUAAAUUCUGUUAUAAUAGUUAAUAUAAAUGAUGAGAUAAAUAUAAAUAAUUGCUUAAAAUUUUGCAUUUUUUUUAACUUCGAUAAUGAUUUUCAAAAGUAUAAAAUAACCUUUUGUUGUGAGAAUAAAUAUCCUUAUUCUUAUCCAAGUGUAAUGAUAAAUAUUAAUGCGAAAUUAAAUGAGGAACAAAUAAAUUUUAUUAAUCUAAAUAUCAAAAAAAUAUGUGCAAAAAAUUAUGGGAGAAUAACUUUAUUUGAUAUUUGUAUAUUUAUAAAUGAAUAUAUUAACAAGACUUUUAGUAAUGAUUUUAAAAAUUUAUGGGAAGAGAUGAAAUAUAGAAUAGACGAUAGUAGAUCAAAAAGAAAUGAAGAAAAUAAAAAAAUAAUUAAUUCUUAUGAUAAAAAAGUAAGUUUUAAUGAUUAUUUUAAGGAAAAUCAAGUUGAUAGAGAAAAUGAAGAAAAUAAUACUGAUAAGAUAAAUAUUAAGAAUAACAAUUAUAAAAAUAUGAUUGAAGAAGAAAAAUAUAUUUUAAAUAUAUAUGAUUUCAAUAGUAUUUCCGGUUUUUCUGCUAUAAAUAGUUCUUUACUAAAUGAAAAUUUAGAAAUUAACAAAAAACAAAAAAAUGAAAAAAAAAUGGAUACACUAGAAGAUAAAUUAAAUUCUAAGAAUUUAGUAAAUUUUUCUAACAAACAUAACAUGAUAAUGUGUAAAGACAAUAAUUUUAAAAAUUUUUAUGUUGUUAAAAAUAUUGUUAUAAAUUACUAUAGAAACACAUUUAUAGUAAAACAUAGUAUUGACACAAAUGUAUAUAUUAUUCAUUCAUAUAUAUUAUUAAAUAUCUUUCACUUUUUAACUUUUUUUCUUAAUCAUAUUAUAUUUUGUAAUAGAGGAUUUAAUCUAUAUUGCAAUAUUUUAAAUGAUAAAAAAGAAGGAAAAAAAAAAAAAAAUAAAAAAAAUGAACAAAUAUUUAAAGAAUUUUUAAAUGAUAUAAAUAAUUUAAAUAGUUCUUCAAAAAAAAAAAAAAAAUUCCUUGAUUAUCCAUCUGUUAAUUUUUUUUGUAGUGAGUACCAAUUCUACGCUAAUAAAAAUUGCAUAGUUAGUAAAAAAAAUGAAAAAAGUUUAUAUCAUAUUUUAAAUGAAUUGGAUCACAUAUGUUUGAAAAAAAUAAUUCAUCAUUAUAGAAUGAUUCGUAAAAUAAAUAUAAAAAAGAUAAUCUGUGAAUUAGCAAAAUUAGCAAAAAUACAACAUAAAUAUUUAGCUAGAUAUCACUUUUCCUGGUUUGAGAAAGAAAAAAUUGUAAAUGAUGAAAAACACAAAGAAAGAAAGAUAUAUAAAAUAAAUGAAAUAAUGAAAAAGUUAAUUUUAAAAAGAAUUUUUGAAAAUAAUUCUAAUGGAGAUAAGAAUUCUUGUGAAAAUUAUGUAAAAGACGAGUGUUCCUAUCAGAAAAUAAAUAUAGAAAGGAUAAAGGAAAUGAAAAAAAAAAAAAAAGAUGGUUAUGAUUCUGAUAUAUUAGAUGAAAAUGAAGAUAUAUGUAUUGAUGGAAUAAUAAAUUGUAGAGCUGAUAAAGAUUUAAGUAACAAUAAUAAUUAUAAUGGGAACAUUUUAUAUGACCCUCUUUCUCAAUUAAAAAAAAAAAAUAAAAAUAAAGAUAAAAAAGGAGAUAUAAAAAAUUUAGAUGCUACUAUAAAAAUAGAUAAUUCUAAUAAAAGUGAUUUAUUACCUAUUCAUAAUAAUAAUUUGCAAAAAGAAGAAAUAAAAAUAAUCAAUGAAAAAAAAGAAUCUACCAAUUACACUAUUGACAAGGUAGUUCAUGAAAAAUACGAUUGUAAUAAAAACAUGAAUAUUAAAAAAAAUAUUUUAGACUUGAAAAAUAUUAAAGAUAAUGAUAUAAAUAAUAAUAAUUUAGUUUAUAAAAAAAAUAUUGAAUAUAUAAAAAAUAUAUUAGAUAAAAAAGAAAAUACCAAAAAAAUUUUAUAUAUUCAAUGUGAAUAUUGCAAAGGACAAAUAUUAGAAAGAGAAAUUGAAAAUAAUUUUUUUCAGAAUAAUAAAUAUUUAAUAUGGAAUAUUUUUAGACAAAUUUUAGAGUCUAUUAGUUAUUUGCAUAAACAAAAAAUUUAUAUUAAAAAUUUGAACACCCAAAAUAUAUACAUAGAUAAUGAUGAAUAUGGAGUUCAUAUUAAAAUCGUAAAUUACAGCAUAUGUAACAUGAUUGAUUAUUUUUAUUUUUAUCAUUAUUCAUAUACUAAUAAUUCUUCGUACUUUACUAAUUUUAUGAAAGAACAAUAUGAUAACAAUUUAGAAGAAGCUAAAGAAGCAGAGAAAAAAGAAAACUGUUUUGUUGAAGUGGAUACUAAAAAAGAAGAAAAUGAAGAAAACGGAGAAAAUGAUGAAGAAGAUAUAGGAAAAGAUAGAAAAAGUUCUGUUUUCAAUAACUUCAGAAAUGAUAGGAAAAAGAAAAUAAUAGAUAAUAAUAUGAAUGAGCAAACAAAGGAAUAUAAAGAUUUCUAUAUUCAUUCCUAUAAUCAAUAUUUUUAUAAUUGUUUAAAUAAAAAAAAAUAUGAUUAUGAAGAAUUAGAUCUUUUUUCUCUAGGGUUGGUACUAUAUGAAUUGUGGCAUAUUCCAUUUAAAACAAAAGAAGAGAAAUUAUUAAAUAUAAAAAAUAUGAUUAAGGAAAAAACAUUUUCUGAUGAUUUUAUUAAUUAUAUAGAUAAUGAUGCUUUCAGAGUAUUAAAAUAUAUUUUAAUUAGCACAAUUAAUUAUGAGACAAAUGAAAAUAUUGGUAAAUUGGAGUAUGCUGAUAUUUUAAGUUUAAAUAUAAAAAUUGAUGAAAAUGAAAAUAAGAAUGAUUUAAAAAAAAAUAAAAAAAGAAAUGAAAGAGAAAGUCUUAUUAAUUAUUAUUGUAUGAAAAAUGAAAAUAUAGAAAAAGAUCAUUACAUUGAUGAAAAUGAAAAGAAUAACAAAGUUAUAAAUAAUGCGAAUUUGAUUAACCUGAAUUUAAAAAAAGAAAUUAAUUUAAAUAGAAAUAACAUAAAUGAAUAUGAAGAAGAUGAUUUACUUUACUUUAAUGAUUCAUUUCGUUUGGAUCCUAAUUAUAAAGAUAAGCAGAAUAUUAAAUCUUUUAAUAAAAUAGGGUCAGAAAUUUAUUUAGAAAAAAAAGAAGAUAUUAAAUUACUUUUAAAAAAUAGCAUAGAAUCAGAGUCUGGGAAUUUUAGUGAAAGAAAAAUAAUAGAAUGUGUUACAACUAAUAACUAUUUAGGUAAUUUAAAGAAAUCAUCUAAUACUUUUAAAAAGGAAAAUAUAGAUAAAUUGAAAAUUGGUUCCUAUAGUAGUAGUGAUGAUAAUAUAAGUAAUGUUAUUAAUAAUAAUGAAAAUGAUAGCAGAAAUAAAAAUAGCAAUAAUAAUAAAAAGAAUAUUAACCAGAAUGAAAAUAAUUAUAAUAAUACUGGUGAUAAUAACAAUAUUAAUCACAUUCGUAAUACUAGCAAUAAUAAUAAUAAUUAUAUUUAUCAGAAUGAUAUUCUUAAUAAUAAUGAGAAUGAAAAUAGUAACAAUGAUAAUAUUAAUUAUGGUGAUAGUGGUAAUAAUAAUAAUAAUAUUAAAGUUUAUCCAAAUGAUAUUGAUAUUGAUAAUAAUAAUGAUAAUGAAAAUAAUAAUAAUUUUCAUCUUCGUUUCAAUGAUAUUGGUAACAAUAAUAAUAAUAAUAAUGUUGAGAUAUCUAAUAAUAGUGAAGAUAGCAUCAACAGUAAUGAUAAUAAUAAUGAUAAUGAAAAUCAUAUUAACGAUAAUGACAAUAAUAAUAAUGAUGAAAACAAUAUUAAUAAUGUUAAAAAUAAUAUUAAUAGUGAUGAAAGAAAUAGUAAUAGUUUUAGUAAUAAUAUUAAUCACAUAUAUGGUAAUAAUAAUAAUAAUAAUAAUGAAAACAAUAUUAGCAUUACUGAAAACAGUAUUAGCGAUAAUGUUAAUAAUAAUAACGGUAACAAUAAUAAUAAUAAUUUUAGCAAUAAUAAUAAUGAUUGUAAUAAUAACAAUAAUAAUAGUAAUAAUAAUAAUUUUACCAAUAAUAAUAAUAAUAAUAAUCAUAGUAAUAAUAAUUAUAAUUAUUAUAAUAUUAGCAAUAGUAAUAUAAUUCAUAAUAAUAGAAUACGCAAAAUUACAGCUGAAGGUUUAUUAAAUUAUCCAUUAAUUCCUAUUGUUAUACAAAGAGAUUUAUUUAAAUAUUUUUUACAAAAAUUAAAAAAUAAUUCUUCCAUCGAAUCAAGUAAUGUUUUAAAUAUUUUAUUAUAUAGCAAUAAAUGUAAACAUCUACCAUUUGAAGAAAAUAAUAAUACAUAUCAUUAUGUGCAUGAAUCUGCAUAUGAAUAUGAUGUUAUUAACAGUUAUAUAUUUGAAUAUUUCAACUGGAAUUUAUCAAAAAAGCUAUCCAAUUUUAAUCAACCUCUUGUUUUUCAGUUGGUUACAGAGAAGAAAAAUUUUUUUUAUGAUAUAAAAAAUUCUAUGCAAAAAAUACAAAAUAAAUCUGCAGAUAGGAUUAAUCAGAAAAAAAAAAGAAUAGCAAAAGAAAAUAAUAAUAAUUAUGAGUAUAAUGAAGAUGAUAAUUAUGAAAAAUUGAAAAUUCAAAAAAAGACAUAUGAUGAAUUCAUUGAAAAUUUAUCAAAAAGUGGUAUUCAAAAAAAAAAAAAUGAAAAAAACAUUAACAAUUCUCCAGAAAAUUUUCAUAGAAAAAAUUCGGGAAAAUUAAAAUUCGCUAAAAAUAUUUAUAAUAAUAAAAAAAACUCAAGUAGAAAAGUAAAUAAUAAUAAUGACAAUCGUAAUGAACAAGAAUAUCCUUUAUCAGAAAAAAAAGGGAUUCAUAAAGAAGACAAUCUUCAUAUAAAUUUACAAGAAAAUGUUUUCAAUAGCACCUUAUCAAAAAUAAACAAAAAGAACUCAUUAGUUUUAAAUGAAACUAAUGAAUUAAACACACAUUCAUUAUUUGAAAAUAAUAUAUUAUUAGAGUCAGGAAAUAGAAAUGAUGAAGAGAAAAAAUGUAUUAUUGGAGGUAGGUUUAAUCAAAGAAUUGUAUUUAUUGAUAAAAAUAAUAAGUUAUUAUAUGUUCCUUUUUAUUUAACUGAAGUAUAUUUAAAUUUAAUUCCUCAUUAUACAUUUAACCGAUCCUUUACCAGUUCAUUUUCUUUUUUUCAAAAUUAUUUUUUUGAAAAUAACAAACAAAAAACAAUAAAAAGAGAAAACAGUAUUAUUUAUAAUAAUAUAAUUACAGUUGAUAAUAAAAAAGACAUUUUCAAUGCUAAUAGCAAUAAUACAGACAUUAAUAUAUCCUUUUGUAUAUAUCAAUUAAUAAUAUUAUAUAAUGUUAUUGAUAUAUUGCUAAAGUUUGAGCAUUACCUGAGCACUUUAAUAAUUAGAUGGACGUUUACUGAUUUUCUUCUUUGUCUUGUUAAAGAUAUGCUAUCAUUAGAUUGUAAUAAAGCAUAUUUUAUUUACAACCAUUUUAGAGAGGGAAAUAUUUCAUAUAAAAAUUUAAAAAAAUUGCUUCAUUUUUUAGAUAUUUCCUAUGAUGAAAAAAUUUUAAAAAUCCUUUAUUCAGUUAUAUAUGACGAAAAAGAUCACAUAAAUUCUAAAAUGAAAAAAGUUAGUAAAAUGUAUGAACUAAAAAAUCAUAAAAAUAAAAAAUUUAUGAACUAUAUAAUUGCUUGCAUCGUUUAUUUAAAUAAUCUUUUUCACUAUUUUAAUGAUUCAAAUCAAAUUUUUGUUUGGGAUUUUUUUAUGAACAAUUACCAUCAUUUAUUUGGAUUUUCUUUUGCUUUUAAUAUUUAUUCACAAAAAAAUCAAAAACUUUUAUUAUCUUUUGGUGGAGUAUCAACAGAUAUUUUUUCUAAUUCUGAGAGAACGCCAACGAAAGCAACAUAUAAUAUUAUUUUUGAAAUUUUCAUUGAUACCAUUUCAAAUAUUAUAUUUCAGGAAUUAAAUAAAAAUAAUUAUUCUAAUAUGCUUAUUGAUUUUCAUUCUCCAAGUGUAGUAAUAACAAUUAAAGCAUAUAAAUUAUUAGUUUAUGCAUUUUCUUUAUAUAACAAUUUAAUUCAAAAUGGAAUUAAGUGUGAAUGUAGAAUAACUCCUUUGGUUGAAACAUCUAAAUUUGAAAACAGUUUAUUGAAGUAUAAAAAUAUAAAUAUUCACGUACAAAUAAAUCAAAAAAUGAAUUCAAAUCCUUCGUUAAAUAUAAUUGAUUAUGAAAAUUCUACAGAAAAUCCUUCUUCAAAUAUAAUUAACAAUGAAGAAAAUUUAAACAUUGUAUACAACACUCAUAUGAUUAGAGUAAAUAUUAAAAAGAAUUUUGAAAAUGAAUCUUCUUUAAUAAAUUAUAUAAAACAGUUCUAUUCAAAAAAGUAA